CGGCGGGCGCACGUGCGGCCCUGCGAGUAAUUUUUGUUUUUACUGCUGCCUUGUGCCAGGCCGCGUUACCAUGAGCUUGCCCCUGAACCCCAAGCCCUUCCUGAACGGGCUGACCGGGAAGCCGGUGAUGGUGAAGCUGAAGUGGGGGAUGGAGUACAAGGGCUACCUGGUGUCUGUCGACGGCUACAUGAACAUGCAGCUUGCAAACACAGAAGAAUACAUCGAUGGUGCAUUGUCAGGACACCUUGGUGAAGUUUUGAUAAGGUGUAACAAUGUCCUGUACAUCAGAGGAGUAGAGGAAGAAGAAGAAGAUGGGGAAAUGAGAGAAUAAGUUUGUAUAUUUCUGGAAAAUAAAGAUCAGUUUUUCACAAAAAAAAAAAAA